GUGCCUGCCUAAGGACAGAAUUCUACAACAUUCCUCACUGCAUCUGCCCGUAUGAACAGAAUGUCCAGACCGCCGGCCGCCUCUUCCACGGCGGCGACCGUCGUCCGGCCACAGGACUACGCCGGGAGCGCCGUCCACUACGCCGUCUCUGUCGGCGAUCACGCCACUCUCAGCCGGAUUCUCUCGUCGUUGCCAAAAUUGCCCGAUCCAAACCAGAUUCGCACCGAAUCCCAAUCGUUGGCCAUGGAAGCUCUCGCCGGGAAGAUCGCCGCCGCCGUGGACCGCCGCGACAACCGCCUCCGCGAAACUGCGCUUCACCUCGCCGUCCGCCUCAACGACGCCACCGCCGUUCGCUUACUUGCCGCCGCAGGAGCGGAUGUUUCUCUCCAAAACGCCGCCGGAUGGAAUCCUCUCCAGGAGGCGCUUCUCCGCCGCUGCCCUGAAAUCGUUUCCUUACUGGUGCAGCACCACCACUCCGCCGCCUGGUCGAAGUGGCGCCGCCGCGUCCCCCGCCUCGUCGCCGCUCUCCGCCGGAUGCGAGAUUUUUAUAUGGAGAUCACUUUUCACUUCGAAAGCUCAAUUGUACCCUUCGUCGGAAAAAUUGCCCCGUCCGACACCUACAAAAUCUGGAAGCGCGACGGAAACCUACGCGCCGACACCUCCCUCGCCGGCUACGACGGCCUGAAAAUCCAACGCGCCGAUCAAAGCUUCCUCUUCCUCAACGACGGCUGCUCCGAUUCCUUAGGCUCACUCCUCAUUCUCAACCACGAUAAGAAGAAAAUCUACGACGCCUUUGAGAACGCCGGAAAGCCGUUAACGGACGGCGAAAUUGCCAAUUUCUGCAGCCAGACCAGCGUUUUCCGGCCUGGAAUGGACGUCACAAAAGCUGAACUGAUCGGAAAAUCAAAUUGGCGACGGAACGAGAAAACAGAGACCGUCGGAGAUUGGAAAGCUAAGGUUUACGAAAUGCACAACGUAACCUUCAGUUUCCGAUCACGCAAAUUGAACGCCUCCGACAACAAUAAAGAGGAUCCUUUCUCUCCGACGUGCAUUCUGCCAUUAGAGAUCGACGAAAGCUCCGACGAAGGCUUUAUAGUGGCGGAGAAUCCACGAUUCAGCUAUUCCGGCGACUGUAACCACCGCCGGCACAGCAGUUUCAUCCGCGACGACAGAGAUUUGAUCACAGUAUCCCGGAAAAGCGUGGACAUAAUCCCGACCGAUUUCCGGCGAAAACCGGCGCCGCCGUGCGCCGUCGAGAGGCUGGUGGCGCCGCCGCGGACGAAGGAGAAGGAAUUCAGCAAAACCCUCCGGUCGACGGUUUGGUUAACGGAGCAGUUUCCGUUAAAGACGGAAGAACUGCUGCCGUUACUCGACAUAUUGGCGAACAAAAUCAAGGCCGUUAAGCGUCUGCGGGAAGUUCUCACGACGACGUUUCCUCCGUCAACUUUCCCCGUUAAGGUUUCGAUCCCUGUGGUUCCUACAGUGAGAGUGGUUAUUACAUUCUCAAAAUUUGUACAACUUCAGCCAUCGGAAGCUUUCUACACUCCUUUGUCGAGUCCUCAACAAUUUGUCGAUGUCGAAGAUGACGAAAAUGGUCUUAGCUCGUCGUCGGGGGGCUCGAGCCAUGGCCGACGAAUUAGUAGCGAUGACGGGCAAGGGAUGGACCCUUUUGGAAUUCCGAGUGGGUACAGUUGGAGUAGUUUCGGCGACAAGAGUUGGAAAUCGAAGAAAUCGAAAUUAAAAUCGAGCAAGAAAUCAAAGUGAUCGAUGAAUGAUAUAUAUAUAUAUAUAUAAUUUGUCCCUAUAAUAUGUUGGGUUACAAUAGUUUUAUGUAAAUAUUUUUAAGGUUUUGAAUUUAAAUGCGAGAUAGUGUUUUUGAACAUAUCUUGUACUAAUAGUAAUAUUUCGCCAUUCCAUAUUGUAAUUUCUUAAUUAAACAAAUUCAACGUACAUUAUCUAGAAUAGAAGAAAUAUAUUAUAAUACUAUUAAUCUGAGGGCAAAACAUAUAUGAAAUUAUUAACCAUUCUCCAACUUAAUUUUGUGAAUUUUCUUUAAAUUGUUAGAGUUCAAAUAUGUGCUUUUUAAAGUUCUUUUGAUAUUCCCUAAGAUUAAGAUGAAGGAGGAAAGGAUAAAAGUGAAAGGGAAAUAAUAUACUAAUAAAGUACCAAGUGCAACAUAUUUGAUUGUCCCACAAAAGUUCACAUCUGUCGCCGUG